AUGCGUGCCUCGGCAGCUGACUGGUUCAAAAGACUAGGGCGACCUGCAAAAGUACAAGAGAGCGCAGAUGUUCGUGGUGACUGGUGGAGAAUCAAGCAUGGGACGCGAUGGGCGGCGUCGGCAAACGCCGAUAUUCAUUUUCCCUUGCACCACCGUGUUGCUCAUGGAUGGUCGGAUUUCGUAACUGAGUAUAUCGCGGUACAGGACGUAUCACAUGAACAGCUAAUGGCCGAUCUAUGUAUCUGGUCCGACACCCGUGCUUGUAGUAAACAUCCGUCAUUACGGGACUUUGCUUCAGUAACUAACUCUACCAGGGGUAGAAUUCAACCAUUCCUACAAUGGCUAGCUUCGACGACCCCGUUUCCGAAUCCCGUGGCGACUAUUCAACAUGAAACUAGGAUCGCAUAUUUGCCUCUCUCGUGCCCACCGCAUAAAAGGCGCAUCAUUAAUGGGGACACAGCAUCGACACCGGCUCUGCUGUCCGACCUCCCCGAGGGUAUCCGUUUUUCAAGCAUAGCGUCAGAAUCUUUGCUGGAUCUGUACAGGGCGCUUCCACAAGCCGUUUGA